AAAGCUUAAAAUUUAAACACAAUUCGAACAGAGUAUAUAAAUCAGGACGAAUGCUUAUACACGACGAAGGCUGGUCCUGAGAUCUAUAGUAUAGAAACCCUAGUUUUUUUCGAUCAGAUCCACGUGUGCCGAAACCUACAUUGGUCGGAUCUGAUCGAAACUGAUCGAAUAUUGUAAAUCUCUAUCUGUGCCUGAAUUCAUAUUCAAAUCCGAUUUGAGUAUGACGUGAUUGGAUGAUCCAACUCGGCUGUGUCUGAGUCUGCAUUUGAUCGUAUUUUAAAGUGUUCCUGAUUGUUUGGAUCUUACUGAGGAUUUGGAAGUUCUGGCACUGAAGUACUUUAGAUUUCGUUAUAAUUUCAAAAUUUUAUUGCAUUUGAUCCCAUCGGCAUUGGUUUGGAUCUGAUCCGAAUUUCGGAGCUGUUUUCCUCAAUUCGAGAUUGCGGUUUUUGAUUAAAACUGUGAAUUGAGGAUCGGCAUUGCGUCGUAUUUGGUGAUAGUUUAGGACAUUUUGAUGCUUGUAAUAUAAGUUGCGGUUUCGACAAGGAAAUUAGCGUUAAUCUAGGUUGAGUUUGUUGAGUUUGUAAGAUGUCUUCGUUAUCUGCGAUCAGCGAGGAGCUUGCGGAGAUCGAUGGACAAAUUGCUGAUAUCUUCCGAGCUUUAUCAAAUGGGUUCCAGAAGUUGGAGAAGAUUAAGGAUUCAAACAGGCAGAGUAGGCAGUUGGAAGAGCUCACAGGGAAGAUGCGGGAGUGUAAAAGGCUUAUUAAGGAGUUUGACAGAGAAGUAAAGGAUUUGGAGUAUAGGUUUGAUCCUGGCACCAACAAGAUGCUGAAUGAAAAAAAGCAAUCGAUGAUCAAGGAGUUGAAUUCAUAUGUUGCUCUUAAAAAGCAAUAUGCGAGCAAUCUUGAUAACAAGCGUGUUGAUCUCUUUGAGGGACCUGGUGAAGGGUAUGCGGAAGACAAUGUCUUGCUAGCUUCAUCUAUGACAAACCAGCAGCUAAUGGAUAAUGGAAAUCAUAUGAUGGACGAGACUGAUCAAGCUAUAGAGAGGUCAAAAAAGGUUGUCCAUGAGACAAUAGAUGUUGGAACAGAGACUGCUUCAGCUCUAAAGGCACAGACUGAACAAAUGAGUAGGAUUGUUAAUGAGCUGGACUCUAUCCAUUUCUCAAUCAAGAAAGCUUCCCAAUUGGUCAAGGAAAUCGGUAGGCAGGUUGCAACUGAUCGGUGUAUUAUGGGCUUGCUUUUCCUUAUUGUGGUUGGAGUCAUAGCAACCAUUAUUGUAAAGCUUGUGAACCCCAACAACAAAAGCAUUCCAGAUAUUCCGGGAUUAGCCCCUCCUGCUCAAAAUCGGAAAUUACUAUGGGAUAGGGAUGCUAAUUAAAGAGUGGUUGAAGUGGAUCGUUUGAGGUGGUCAUUUGAUUGAUGUGCGGUUUGAUUCAAUUGAUUCUUCGCUUAGCUUCUGAUGCUGCAGCACCCAGUUUGAUGGUACCUGGUCCGGUUAGGACUUGGAAAUGGAUUCAUUCGACAGAGAUAUUUUGCUAUAGUCAUCCAUUCAGCUUACUUUAUCGAGUGUAAGUCUGUUAAAAUAUCACAUUGGGUAGCCAAUUGGACAAGGUUUGUAUGGUUUGAUUUCCCCAUCUGAGGGGGAAAAUAUGUACUUGCCAUUGUAUUUGUUCAUAACUUUUAUAUGCCAACCUUGUAUAAUCAGUUAAUCAUGUCUUUAUGGU